UGGCUGUGCAGUCUACUUGUCCCUUAGCUACUUCAGAGGAGCUGGCAAAGUGGCCACCAGACUUGCGCAGGAGCCAUGGCAAAGAGUGGACUUGUAAUUUACGUCCUGGUUAUCACCUUACUCCUGGACCAGACCGCCAGCCACACGUCCAAAUUCAAAGCCAGGAAGCACAGCAAACGCCGAGUGAAAGAAAAGGAUGGGGAUCUAAAGACUCAAGUUGAAAAGCUCUGGAGAGAAGUCAAUGCCCUGAAGGAAAUACAGGCCCUGCAGACAGUCUGUCUUCGAGGCACAAAAGUUCACAAGAAAUGCUACCUUGCUUCGGAAGGCUCGAAGCACUUCCAUGAAGCCAAUGAAGACUGCAUUUCCAAGGGAGGGACCCUGGUUAUCCCCAGAAACUCGGACGAAAUCAACGCCCUCCGAGACUAUGGGAAAAGGAGCCUGCCGGGUGUCAAUGACUUUUGGUUGGGCAUCAAUGACCUGGUCACGGAAGGCAGGUUUGUUGAUGUCAAUGGAAUUGCCAUCUCCUUCCUCAACUGGGACCGAGCACAGCCUAAUGGUGGCAAGCGGGAAAACUGUGCCCUGUUCUCCCAGUCAGCUCAGGGCAAAUGGAGUGAUGAGGUCUGUCGUAGCAGCAAGAGGUACAUAUGCGAGUUUAUCAUUCCUUAAUAAGUCGCUUUCAAACACGUCUUCCAAGCAAGAUGGGUCAUGAUUCAUAGGCUAAUGGUUCCCAAGAAUAAGUUAAAUUGUCCAUAGGAAUACAGGAGUCAGCCAAUUUUGCUACCAUAUUUCAUUGUGAUUUUUUUCCCUCCUUGGGGCAUGGGGGAUCAGAAAAUAAUGAUCCAGCUACGUACACGCACUGUUAAAGUGGCUUGUGCAAAAGGGGCUAUAAAAUCCUUCUUUCCUAGUCCCUCUCACUUGUAUAGAUGAAGUCUGUAUUAAAAAUUCAAUAGCCAGAAAAGCAAGCUUCUCUUGACAAUUUAGUAUAUAUUUUGUUAAUGAGAAUUCUCUAAAUCAGAGAUUCUAGGUGCUAUAUAAUCCCAAAACUUUUCAGUCUGAUGCCCAAUCUGUUCCAUCCUAGUCAUAGUGCCUUGUUAACCCAUUACAUCUUCUAUGAGUUGCUUCAUCUCCUGGUAGAACAUACGUGUCUCAGAUUCUCAUUAACAUUUUUCCUCAAGACCCCUUCCCCAUACAUACAAUUUUUUUUUUUGGUAAAGUUCUCAAUCAAGACCUGCACGGAAAUGAUAAGAUAGAAUAUUUGGUCAAUUUUCCCUUCCAGCAUUACAUUACCACUUCCAAUGUGAAUGGGUAGCCUUAAGGCAGAACAGAAGCAGCAGGUUGUAUGAGAAAAUGGAAAAAGGGAAAUUUCUGCUUUUUCCUUGCUUUAGCAUCCUACCCUCCUUUAUGAAAUUGUUAGUUUCUUUUUUUACAUACUUUGUAUACCAAUAAUCAUAUAUUUAAGUCUAUUAGGGGCAAUCUAUCUUUGGAGGUUGAAAAUUGGAUUUAAAUAAAACUAUUCUGGAGUCACAAGUCUAUGCAAUUUUUUAUUCUGCCAAAUGCUAUUCCCAUUUAGUCGUUUAACUAGAUUGUGUAAAAUAACUUCAUUGCUUACUAUGAAAUUACAAAGUUUAGGGUUGGGAGAAAUGGGCUUUUUAAAAGCAAACAAUUUUAAGUUUAUUCUAUUCUUCAAAUGUCUUUUUCCCCCCCCCUUUAAAUAUUGAAUGUGUUUUGUGAACAAUUAUCUUUCUCUGCAAACUUUAACUACACGUGCUUGGAAUUCAGUUUUGGUUCUUUCCAUUGUACAAUAAUAAAGCCUGAAUUUUGAUCAAUCUG